AUGCGUCACCUGCUCGUGGCCGCGUUCGUGGCCGCGCUGCUCCAACUCUCCGCCGGCGAUCGGCACUCCGUGUUCGCCGGCCGCGGGCACCAGUGGCGGCAGACUGGUGGCGGUGAAGGAAGCUCCGCGCUGCCCCGCAGACUCUGGCUGCAGCACGCCGCGGGCCCCUCGUCGGCGGCCAGGGGCGGCAGCCGUCACCACAUUGGCGAACACGUGAUCGCUCGCCGACAACACCACUUCCUCACUCCCAUCAUGAGCCCGGUGAUGGGCCAAUGGAAAUCGCUGCACGACAAGCUAGAGACGCAGUCGGAGUGGCCGGGCACGGCCAAGUAUGCGGACGAGACAUCGUUGUCGGCCACCACGGACGAUUAUAUCAAACAGGAGGGGUACCCGAUAGAGAGGCACACGGUGAUCACGACCGACGGUUACAAUUUGACAUUACACAGAAUACCAUACAGCAAAAACGAAGACCCAGCGGCAGUCACGAGAAAACCUGUUGUGUUGGUGCAACAUGGUAUAUUAUGCAGUUCGACGGACUGGGUGAUCGCUGGACAAAAUAACAGUCUGGCAUUUGUACUUUCGGACGCGGGGUACGAUGUGUGGCUGACAAAUUCCCGCGGGAACACGUACUCCAGAAACCACAUAUUCCUGGACCCGGCAAAGGAGCCGCAAAAGUUUUGGGAUUUCAGCUGGCACGAGAUGGGAACAAUCGACUUGCCGAACACGAUCGAUUACAUCCUGGACAAGACGGGUGAACCGGACUUGAGCUACGUGGGACAUUCGAUGGGCACCGCCAUAUUCUUCGUUUUAUGUUCGGAGAGACCGGAGUACCAGGAGAAGAUUCGGUCAAUGGCAGCCAUGGCACCGAUCGCUUACCUAAAUCACGUUAAGAGUCCCAUCAUGACGUUCUUAUCAUCCAUAGCUGACCCGCUGGCCUGGUUGUGCAACAGUUUGGGAUACUACGAGUUCAGGCCGAAUGGCAAGAUCCUGCUGUUCGCGGGAAAAAAGUUCUGCGAGGCCAACUCCUUGUUCGAAGGCGUUUGCGAAAACAUGUUGUUCCUGUACGCCGGAUAUGAUUCAAAACGACUAAUCAAAAGCAUUCUGCCGAUCAUCUUGGCGCACACUCCGGCCGGCGCGUCUGCUCGACAACUCACUCAUUUUGCUCAACUCAUGAAACGCAAUCAAUGGUUUGGCCAGUACAACUAUAACAAACAGAAGAACAUGGAAGUAUAUGGACAACCGGACCCUCCUGCUUACGAAUUGAGCGGGAUCACCGUGCCAACAGCUCUGUACCACGCAGAAAACGAUUGGCUAUCAACCAUGAAGGACGUCAACGUACUUGCCCAGAGGCUCCCCAACGUGGUGGAGAAUAAAGUCAUGCCCUAUCCCGAGUUCAACCACUUGGACUUCUUGUGGGCCAGCGACAUAAAGAACAUCGUUUACGACGACCUGAUCGUGUUCAUGAAAAAGUACGAACGGAAAUACGUGAACGAAGUGCCACAACCAUCGGCGGAAGUGGACAAGAACGUGGUGCACAAUGAUUUUAUAGAAUUGAACACGGCUUGAUCCUGACACCAGAACUCCGCCAUCAACCCGUGUUCUGCGUUUCUUGUGCGCUAUCCACGUUCUCAAAGACAAAAUUGUAAACCACCUAGUCGAGAACAAAGUAUUGUUUGUCUAUACACCAGCAUAUAACUGCUGCAGAGCGAUCCGUGACAAGACAUGAAUUAGUGAGCGAGGAGAAAGAAAAACUUCAUUUACAUAACUUCAUUAUUUUACAAUUCAUAGUUUAUUGUUAACUUCAUGAUUAAUAUGAUUAUAUAAUGUAUGUUGGGAAAAAAUAAACUUCUAAAAAAUUGUAUUCAUAAUACACAACACGCAUGAAUCACAUAAUGACGUGCUGCAAGUAUUACUUAGGACUAGACAUAUAUAUAAAUUAUACUUAUUAGAAUAAUUACUUAAAUUAUUAAAAAUAAUUAAUAUAUGAUAACUUAAAA